UCUUCUGGGUUCUGACCUUAUCCAAAAUGGUGGUGCAUUCAAAUAACAGUGCUUUAUUUAUCUGUUAUAAGAAAUAAAUACACUACCUCUGUAUUAAUAAACAACUCUCUCUUUUUUCUCUCUCUCUAUCCGACUCAUCAAUUGAGAAAAAAAAAUCAGGCAUUUAACCUAGAACCAAAACCACACACCCAAUUUUGGCUUUUCCUCAAACUUUCCCUCGUUUCUCAUUGGGGCAUUUACUCAUUACUUUCUUCAUACAGUUGUUAAAGCCUCCUUUUUUCUUGUUCCUUUUGCCAUUUGUGCAAAAAUUGCUUUAUGGGUAUGUUUUUAUUUGCUUGAAUUUUGGUGUUUUUCAGGUUUGGUUUCCAUUCUUUUCAGCUGGUAUCCGUCAUCCACUCGUCUUCCAAUGAAAGGAUUGAAAUUUGACUGAAAAAAAAAAAAUCCAAAGUCUUAACAUAUUGAGUGUUUCAAUGUGUCACUUGAGAUCUAACCUAAAAGGGGAAUCUUGUCAUUCUUAUUUACAUCAGAAGAUGAUGCUCUUUUGAAGCCAAGAAAGAAAAUGGGUGGUUGUGUCUCUACAAGCAGCCAUAGUGCAUGUAGUAGCCAAAGCAAUGGGGAAUCAGUUUCUUCUUCAUGUUUGGGAAUUGAAUUUCGAGGUCGAAAGCGAACAAAAAGAACAUUCUCCGACCAUGUUUAUGCUCUUCAGAAUCUUCCUUCAGCUCCCAACAGGAUUUUCAUGAAUGGAAAAAGUCGGUCUUCUUGCAUUUUCACUCAACAAGGUCGCAAGGGCAUAAACCAGGAUGCCAUGGUUGUGUGGGAAGAUUUCAUGUCAGAGGACACGAUCUUUUGUGGUGUAUUCGAUGGACAUGGACCUUACGGUCAUCUCGUUGCUCGAAAAGUGAGGGAUACAUUGCCUAUUAAGUUGUUGUCAUUCUUCCAGUCUCCUCAGUUGAAGCAAAAUGACUCUGGUAAAACCUGUUUCCAGAGGAAUUUGAAGACACCUCCUGAUUGUGAAGAUUCUGAGAAGGAUGGUUUUGUAGAGGACUCACAGAAUUCGGUUUGGAGAGAUGCAUUUUUGAACUCAUAUAAAGCUAUGGAUAAGGAGUUGAGAUCACAUCCUAAUCUGGACUGCUUUUGCAGUGGUAGUACUGCAGUCACCAUAGUUAAACAGGGGUCAAAUCUCUUCAUGGGGUAUAUAGGGGACUCGAGAGCAAUCCUCGCUUCAAAGGACGCCAAUGAUUCCACAGUGGCAGUUCAAUUGACCGUGGAUCUUAAGCCAGAUUUGCCAAGAGAAGCUGAAAGAAUAAAACGAUGUAAAGGUAGGGUCUUUGCAUUGCAGGAUGAACCUGAAGUGCCAAGGGUGUGGUUACCUUUUGACGAUGCACCUGGUUUGGCAAUGGCUCGAGCAUUUGGUGACUUCUGUUUGAAAGAAUAUGGAGUUAUCUCUAUACCUGAAUUCUCUCAUCGAACCCUCACUGACGCGGAUCAGUUCAUCGUUCUUGCAUCAGAUGGGGUAUGGGAUGUGUUGAGCAAUGAAGAGGUGGUUGAUAUAGUGUCCUCGGCCCCAACCCGGGCAUCAGCUGCGAGGUCUGUGGUGGACUCUGCUGCUCGUGAAUGGAAACUUAAAUACCCUACCUCAAAAAUGGAUGACUGUGCUGUCGUCUGCUUAUUUUUGGACGGGAAGAUGGACUCCGAAUCCGACUGUGACGAACAAGGCUUCUCAUCUGCAACAUUGCGUAGUAAUCAUUCGGGUACUGCUAUUGAAUCCGAUGAUGGCCAGAGGUCUGAACCAUGUUUGCAAAGGAAUAACACCGUCAGAUCAUCCGAAGAAAGCAAGGAAUUACCUGUCGACGAUGGGGAGAUUGGUGAUGCUGUACCUGCAGAAGAUCAAAACUGGUUGGGUUUGGAAGGAGUCACUCGAGUGAACUCGCUUGUUCAACUUCCUAGAUUUUCCGAGGAAAGGCCAGCAGUGUCAUAGGUUUUAUAAAAUUCUGGGACUGUUAAUCCAAAAUGGAAAAGUAAAUCUUUCAAACUGGCUGCUGGGUUAAAGGUUUAUGCAGGUACAUUUUUGCUACCAGUGUAUGUUGAAUUGCACAAAAGUUUACUGCUUUCAUAGAUCAACUAAAUUGGUUCAAUGAAUGUCAAUUAUCAAUAUCCUUUCCCCAAAAUGAAAAUGGAUUACCUAAACACCAGAUUUUGCUGCUCAUCUUAGGGGACCAUGGAAUCUUAUUUAAGUUACCAAACUAAACCAAUUCGACAAUGUGGUAAGAACCAGGUUCUUAACUUUUCGUUUCAUAGCAAACUAAACCAACAAGUUCUACGAGGAGAAUAGUGCAAUCAGUUGGCAGAAACAACCAACAGAUGGAGAGCAAAAUUGAUUCUUUGG